AUGGGAGACUGGAACCUGUUGGGCAGCAUCUUGGAAGAAGUGCACAUUCACUCCACCAUCGUGGGGAAGAUCUGGCUGACCAUCCUCUUUAUAUUCCGGAUGCUCGUCCUCGGCGUGGCGGCGGAGGAUGUCUGGGACGACGAGCAGAGCGAGUUUGUCUGCAACACGGAGCAGCCUGGCUGCAGGAACGUGUGCUACGAUAAGGCAUUCCCCAUAUCCCUCAUACGUUACUGGGUGCUGCAGAUCAUCUUCGUGUCCUCGCCGUCUCUGGUGUACAUGGGCCACGCGCUGUACCGCCUGCGCGCGCUGGAAAAGGAGCGGCACCGGAAGAAAGCGCAGCUGAAGGCAGAGCUGGAGGACAAGGAGCCCGUUUUGGAGGAGCACAAACGAAUCGAGAGGGAGCUGAGAAAGUUGGAGGAGCAGAAGAAAGUGAGCAAAGCCCCUCUGCGGGGGUCGCUGCUCCGCACGUACGUUUUCCAUAUCUUAACGAGGUCUGUUGUAGAGGUCGGAUUUAUAGUGGGCCAGUAUGUCCUGUAUGGAAUCGGGCUGGAUCCCCUGUAUAAAUGCAAAAGGAUGCCAUGUCCAAAUAGCGUGGACUGUUUUGUUUCCAGGCCGACGGAAAAAACGAUAUUCAUGGUCUUCAUGCUGGUGAUCGCCGGGGUUUCGCUCUUUCUCAAUCUCCUUGAAAUAUCGCAUUUAGGACUCAAGAAGAUCAAGGAGAGUUUGUACGGCAGCAGCGGCGCAGACGAUGACAGCAUCUGCAAAUCCAAGAAAAACUCCAUGGUGCACCAAGUGUGUAUUCUUACUAACUCAUCGCCGCAGAAAACGAUACAGCUCACGCAUGCGGCCUGCACAGGUGUGCCAGACGGACAAAUGGAGCCUCUUCCUGUGUACAUGCCUUCAGCGGGUCCCGCGGCUGUCGACGAGGCGCUGAGACGCGACAGCGCUGUGGGCGGCCGGGACCGUGCGAGCGGCUCUGAUCAGCGCCCCAGACACCAGCGGCAGUCAGUUCAAGGUGAGCGCCGUGAUACCCCGGAGAACCGGGAACGUUCGUGCAGCAGCGAUGACUCUAACGGGGGGAACGGGCCCAAGGGCGCCGGAUAUCCGGGUCACUGUGGAGCCCAGCCUAAAGGGCCUACUCAGAGCAGCCACAUGGAGAUACCCGCAGCCGUGCGCAACGCCCUCCGCAAGCAGAGUCGAGUCAGCUGCUACAAGGACUUCGGAGAGGACCGCAGCGACUCCCCAGACAGCGGACACUACCCUUCGACCAGAAAGGCCAGCUUCAUGUCCCGCGGGCUCUCCGAAAGCAAGUUAGCCAGUCCACCUGGAAGUCCGGCUUCUGAAAGCGGUUCCGACUCGGACUCAAAGCGCAUGACGCAGGGAGAGAGCCCGCCAAUGACCCCACCCCCGGCGACCGGGAGAAGAAUGUCUAUGAGUAUGAUCCUUGAGCUAUCCUCGAUUAUGAAAAAAUGA